UUCUCUGUCCCAGUUUGCUCGUUAGUCUCUCUUAGAACGGUAGAAGUGGUAUCUGUGUGGAGUCUUGAGUUUUACAGAAAGUGUAGCUCUCAUCACUUACCAUACGUCCGGUUGCAGUAGAGUUUUGUUGUUUGCAGUGAGAAAUAUGGUGUCCAGUGGUUUAUUAGGUUAAGUUUUGGUAGUGACAGUAGUAGUGUAUUUCCGAGUGGCGUUUGAUGUGAGAAGUAUUAAUCACUCAGCUUGGCCACAGGAUUAUCUGCCACAGUGUCCAGUCGCAAUACCUGAUACUCGAAACACUAUUGGCUGUCCCGCACUUAACGGAAUGGCGUUCCUUCAAAACAAACCCGAAAAGAGGGCCCGGGGCACCGCAAUAAACUCGUCAUUCACCUUCAAGUGUUUCGACCACCAGACCUGUGGAGGCAAUGACACGAAAUCUUGGCAACAGCAGCAGUAGCUGUCAGUACAAGACUCACUUUCGGGAUCAUCGAAUUAAGUGCAACGAGAGUGAGGAUUUGAGCAAUCUGCAGUCUUCGUUGCAUAGGUAUCGCUUGGCCGUCACGACGAACAGCAACGAGCACAGCGAGCUUUGCAAGCCCGUGAAUGUCACGUCUUCCUUAUUGUGCAGUGAAACAGGAGGAAGUGAAAUCGGGAAACACAGACACAAUUACCGUAUUCGGCGCGAACGCGUGUGCAGAUCCUGGACCAGUGGUUACGGUACGUUGGUGGAGGAUAAGGAGUCCGCUUUCCAUCGAGACAGAGUCGUGUUGUUCGCAGAUAAGCAGCAGCAGCAGCAGCAUCUAGCUCGCCAGAAAGUGUGUCCACCAGACUUGCGCAGUAAGCUUCGCCGCGCCACAUCCCUUGUCAUCGCCACGCCCUGGAAACACCAGACUCACACAGCUGAUGCUGUCCCCAACGCUGCUAAAGCGAGUCAUCGUCGUAGUCGCAUCGAUCUGUUGCUGAUGCCGAGUCUCAAGUCCCUAGUGAGCCGACGCUCCUCCUCGUCCCGUGCAGCAGGGAUCAGUGGAGGUAGGGACAGGACCCUGCUUGUUCCCGGUAUGGGCGGUAGCUCUAGCAGUUCCGUCCUGGCUGCCGGGAGCGGGGGCAAGUCGGUAGGUGACGUGUCAACUGUAGGAGCAGGUGCUACUCUCAUGGUGCCACUAAUGAAAAGAGAAGCGAGUUGCAGUAGCCUUGCGCCGUCAAUAAGAAUAAAUGGGAACGAUUUUCGUGGCAGUGGGAUGAUAAGUGAUAUACCAAGCGGAGAGCAAGCUGCUAGUGGUGGUGGAAAUAUGAGGAAGUGCGAGACAAUGCUCACUUUGUCAAGUUUCGGUGCCGCGUUGCAGAGGUCAGCGUCCUCCUCGCGGACUACGAUACACGUAGAACCGUUAAGACCGGUAAACAGAUUACGCGUUCUACCGCAUUAUUCAAGUUCAGGGCUUUCUCCGAAUGUUGGAGGCGGCUCUGUGAGUAGGAUGUGUUCACGGUGUAGCAGUCUACUCUCCAUGGCUUCCUCAUCACGGUAUUCUCUCAACACGGCCGGUGGUGGAUUUGUGCCCUGCAGUCCUGGUGGAAAUCAGCCCGACCAGAGCUUACUCUGCAAGUUGUGUCUAGGGGAUGUUCCUUUCGGCAUGGCGUACGAAAUUAAACAGUGUGGCUGCGCCUUCUGUAAAGACUGCAUGAAGUCCUACAUCGAGUUUGAAAUCCAAGAAGGGGCUUAUGACAUUUCCUGCCCUGAUGCCCAGUGUGAAAAACAAGGUGUGAUCUCAUUAUUGGAAAUUGAAAUUCUAGUCAGCAAGGAGUUAGUUGAGAAACACAGCAAAUUUCGUCUAAAUAGAGAAGUGGACCUUGAUGUUAACAGAACGUGGUGCCCACGUGCGGGAUGUGAAACAGUGUGCAAUGUUUGUGGCCCUGUAGAGCGUUGUCUUCCCCAGAGCGUCCACUGCCCAACUUGUUCGUCAGACUUUUGUUCAAACUGCAAGAACCCUUGGCACUCAGGAUUUUCGUGUGAGGAGAACACCAGACGCCUGACCAAGGAAGGACACACAGAUCUCAUGGAACCAAGCAUUCCUUUUGACUCCGAUCUCAUCAAGUGUUGUCCCAUGUGUAAUGUUCCUAUUGAGAAGGACGAGGGCUGUGCACAGAUGAUGUGCAAGCGUUGCAAGCAUGUCUUCUGUUGGUACUGCUUGGCAUCAUUAGAUGAUGACUUCCUACUUAGACAUUAUGACAAAGGUCCAUGUAAGAACAAACUUGGUCAUUCUCGAGCUUCAGUUAUCUGGCAUCGAACACAAGUGAUUGGAAUCUUCGCUGGGUUUGGGAUCCUGUUGCUAGUGGCAUCUCCUCUCCUCCUCCUAGCCGCACCAUGUAUUGUUUGCUGCAAGUGUCGAGUCUGCAGUGGAAGUAGCAAACUGGAUUCAGAGGAUGAAAUGCAGGAAGAAUCAGCAUCUUGAAGUUAGUGCUAGCACCAGGUGAUGAAUUCCGCCAGCAGAAGAGAUGUCACCUGUUGAAGCUCUAGUUGUCGAAAAUAAAGGAUGAGGUAUGGCGUAGGUCAGCAAAAAGAUCUAAGUCUUUCUGGAUGCUGAAGAGACGACAAAGUUUUACUAGACUCCUCAAAGACACAGUAGAUACAGAAGAUACAGAUGUGAGGGUCCACGACCCAGAUAACAACUCCUAACGUCGGCGAACAGAGAUUCGUUCAGCAACGUGAUCAUGGUGUGGACUAACCUUUGGAAAUAGAAGAACGAAGGGUGAUCAGAAGGUCAAAGUUUGGAGAAUUGAAGCUGUUCCCUCGGGUUGACUCCAAGCUCCUCUCGCGUUGACUGCUGCUUUCCGGCUCGUCACCUAGGCUGUCCCUCGAGAUUCAGCAAAGGCCGCUAAUGGAAGCUUCUGAUCACUGGAAUCUGCGGUUGUUCCUUCCGAGUAUCCCGGGCCCUGGGCUUCCUCCGGAGCGUUGAUUCCUCGAAAUGGGCUCGAAUCCGCCUCGGCGUCUUCAAGUCUCUCCGGCCCUUCCGGUUUACAACCUCUUUGUCGAUUCUCGGUGUUGUUAGAAUUCAAUCAGCAACGACCUGUAGCACCUAUCCCACCAACGCUGCCACCAUGUAAUGUAAUUCUUUUCUUUAGUAGUGCUAGCACCAGGUGAUGAAUUCCGCCAGCAGAAGAGAUGUCACCUGUUGAAGCUCUAGUUGUCGAAAAUAAAGGAUGAGGUAUGGCGUAGGUCAGCAAAAAGAUCUAAGUCUUUCUGGAUGCUGAAGAGACGACAAAGUUUACUAGACUCCUCAAAGACACAGUAGGUACAGAAGAUACAGAUGUGAGGGUCCACGGCCCAGAUAACAACUCCUAACGUCGGCGAACAGAGAUUCGUUCAGCAACGUGAUCAGUAAGUCUGAUGUCGUCCCAUCGUAAGGUUCUGUACUUAUAGUAAUAAUCUGGGCGUUGGCUCGGCCAAAAGCCUGGGCACAUGACAGUGGAAUCUGACGCAAUCUGGAUGACACGAGGCAGAUGCUCGUAUUAGUGAGAUUUCGGUUAUACACCCCAGAUCAGGACCAAAGUACAGGCACGUGGAGCGACAGUCAUAAGCAGCACAUGUUAUGUUUGGGACAUUUAAGCGUCUUAACCUUAGAGGAUCUAAGGUUAUCGGUCUCUUGUUUCCUCAUUGAGAAAAACAGCUGUCUUACAAAUCUUACUGAAAGUGAAUACAAUAUAAUUAAAGUACAUUGUUACUUUAGGUUUUAGAGAGUUUACCUAUACAUGUGGUAUCACUCUCUUUACAGGUAAACCUUAUUGAUAAAUUUACAUUGGUAACAUAAUUGGGUUCAUCUCAUUAUAGGUGUUAAAGAUAUGUAAUUACAAUUCACAUAUUACACAAGCAUAUGUCAAAAUUAAAAGAAAAAGGAUAUGGGACUAAUAUGUGUGAUACAUUUCGAAACUUCAUCAUAAUCUGAGAUGGUGAAGUAUAAAUUUUACUUUUAGAUGUGUUGAUUUUCCAUGGAAUGAUUGCAUUAUUAAAUGUUACAUAUAUUUCUUAUGUAAUCCUUCUGUGACAAUUUGACAAACUAUUGCUUGAAGUUGUUUCAUAUAUUGUACUUCAGGCAGGCGCAAAAUAACACAUGUACAUUUCAGUGCCUUCAUGGCAGAAUAGUGUGGUGUGCAGUGACUGUAUCUGAAACGUAUAAGACUAAGUCAUAUUGAGUCUUUUUAUCUCUGAAAUAUAUAAUGACAAUAUAAAAAGUGUUCUAUUAAUAUUCAUAUAUAGCAGUGUAGACUGUACACUUAUUACUGUAUGGUAUUCCGUAUCAGGUUUCCGUUACUGAAGGAAGACUUGGAGUAGUAUUUAUGUUCAGUUGAUUACAGUAUUUAAUAAGAAGAGCUCUAACAGUGAAGUUAUGUGAUUCAGAUAUUGUAAAAUAUCGUAUAAAUGUUCUGAAUUGAGUUUCAUUACUGCAACGAUAAAACAAUGCAAAUGAUGUGUCAUUGUAUGUUUGCUGUAUUUGAGAUAAUUUCUUGUGUUCACUUCAGUUAAAGUUUGCAUGUUAAAUGCUGAUCAGUGUAAUUGGAAAACUGUUAGAUUUGAGGUUCCCAUAGCAGUGAUUAUGAAGAGUACCAUCUUUUGGGAUGUGAUGUUGUGUGGUGUAGUUUACCAACGUUUGGAGAAGCCACAGGAAGACUACAUACCAUCACAGCGCAUAAGAUGGUACUUUUCAACUGAUAGAUUAUUGUUAUAAGUUAGACUGGAAGAGGAAGAAGAAAUGUUUCUUUUGCUCUUUGCAAGAAUUCUUCAGUAUUAUGUAUGGUAAUACUAUUGGAUUUGAUACGAAAUAAUGAUCAAGUGAUGUUUAUUAUACCAACAAGUGUCCACAAGUAUACAGUUUUAGGUCGGUGUUAAAUUUGUAUCAUAUUUUGACUGAUGGUUAACAAAAUUAAUUAUAAACUCAACUUAAUUUGUGUGUAAGUGAUUGUAGAUUAAGUGCGUAAUGUAUGUACAUAGAAAAAGUUUGAAUGUGCCCAGUAAAACGUAUCUUCAUGAUUUGUA